AUGCGCAAGGGCAUAGACUUUCGUAAGGGAGGAUACGCUCCGUUGAGCAUCAAGCCCCUUUCGAAAGGAAAAGUACGCGUUACUUUCGAGAGUGACAAACAUAGGCAGGACGCUAUUAAGCAACUCUCCCAAUCGCGCAGCACCCUUAAAGCGGAAGAGGAAAAAAGAUAUAACCCCCUUAUCUGCCUUAAAGGCAUAUCAAAAACCACCCCAGAGGAGGAAGUCAUCGCAACGAUCAAAGAGCAAAAUCCUAACCUCAAAGAUGCCCAAUUAAAAAUUAAAUUCCAUCGAAAUAAUCGGAACGACAAACUCUACAACCUCGUACUUACAACAUCCCCAGCCACCUGGCGCACUCUCGUUGACAUGGGUCGCGUUGCUAUUUCUCACCAGCGGGUCCACUGCUGCAACUUCUCACCAUUCCUACAAUGCAGGAACUGUUUAGGCUUCGGCCAUACUAAGAACCGCUGCCCGGCUAGCGGUCCCACCUGCGCGAAAUGCGCCCAAACCCAUCCUACUAGAGAGUGCCCCAAGGAGGCUUCCGAAGUACCCACCUGCGUCAACUGUCACGAACACAACCAGCAACAUAAAACAACUAACCCCACAACCCACCGCGCUGACAGCGGACGCUGCCCCAAGGUUGUAGCUAUGCAAGCCCGCGUCGAGGCUAAAAUAAACUAUGCCUAG